AUGACUGAAAGUAAAGAAUUCAAUUCGGUAGGAAAUAUGGAUAUAGGUUUUUUUGUAAGUAGAAAAGAAUUAAUUGAAUGGAUAAAUAGAUGUUUAAAAAUAAAUAUAACUAAAAUUGAACAAUGCUCUAAUGGUGCUGUUUAUAUUCAAUUAUUAGAUAUAUUGUUUCCCAAUAAAUCAGUUUUACAUAAAGCAAAAUGGAAUGCAAAGUUAGAAUAUGAAUGCAUAAUAAAUUAUAAACUAAUACAAAAUGUUUUUAAUAAACUUGGUAUAAAAAAGCAUAUGGAUAUAGACAAGCUAAUUAAAGGAAAAUAUCAAGAUAAUUUAGAAUUUCUUCAAUGGUUUAAAGCAUUUUAUGAAAGAAUUGUUGAUUACAAUAGUGAACAAAUCAUUAAUUAUGAUGCUAUAGAAAGAAGAAAAUUAUGCAUAUUAGGAGAAAAAGGAGAUUAUAAACUAUUAAAUAACUACUUACCUGAUUGGGCUAAAGUAGACUUAAGUAUUAUAAAAGAGAAGAAUAUUCAUAACGAAAGCAGAAUGAUAAGCAAUAUGCAAAAAAAAAAAUUAGAUUCCAUUAGUGUCAAUCAAGAAAAUAAUAACAACAGUAAUAAUACUUAUAAUAAUAAAAAGACAGUUAAAGGAGAAAAAAAAACUAUUUUAUUAAAUAUAGCAAAUGAUAGUAAUUUCAAUUCAUUUACCUGUAAAGACCUAAAUAUAACAAAAAAACAUAAUACAAAUAAUAAUAAUAACUUAAAUAAAAGAUUAUCUAUUUCAAAUAAAUUUUCAUCUCAAGGUUCACUUUCCUCUUACACAAAAAUUAAUAAUUCUGGCCCCCAAAAAGAUCUUAUCGCAUUAAUUGAAAGAAAUAAAAAAUUAAAAUUGCAAUUAGAAAACAAAAAUCAAGAGAUAUCUAUAUUACAAAAUAAAUUACAAGAAGAAGAAAAUGAAAAGAAGAUCAUUCUUUUUCAAAAAAACUUCUAUUAUAACAAAUUAAGAUUUUUAGAACUCCUAUGUAAUCAAACUGAUGAAAAUUUCUUAUCAAUUGAUGAUAUACAACAAAUAAUAUAUGCUCGCGAAAACACUUACUUUCAUCAAACUAUUUCACUAAAAGAUAAAAAUAAUAAUGAUGACAAUGAAACAUUAAGUGUUAAAAACAAUGAUUUUACUUUACAAAACUCUAUUCAUAAUAGUGAAAAUUUCCAAUAUAAUAAUCAAAAUUCAGAAAAUUUCACCGCUUAUUGUUCGUGA